AACCUCGUCGCGCCAUUACGGAGAAAAUUAGUACCUAUUUGGCGAUAACAUUUUGCUAGUAGAAUAAAAAAAUAAUAUUACCCACUUUUUGAUUGUUAACUAUUUCAUCAAGAUAUUAAUUUAUCCAAGUACAUAAACACUGUUUUAUAACUGUCAAGGCUUAUAAAAAUUAACCUUAUUAGUGGUUAACUUGUGCAACAUUUUUGUAAACAACAUGCCCAAGCGUGGAGGAAGGCUAAGGAAUUGGAAGCCAAAUGAUCAUUUUGAACAUGAUGAUCGCUCACACUCCAAUAAUACCAGACGAGUCAGCUUUAAAACUAAUACAAAUAAAGGAAAGAACAAAUUUAGAUCUUGGAAUGACGCAUCGCAGCUAUUGUUGGAUGGGGACAUCGAUAUGGGGGCAUCUGGGGGUCAAGGGCCUAACAGAAAAGGCUUCAGAACUAGAGGAGGCAGACUUGGGUCUCCUGCACCAAGACCAGCUGCAAGAAAGAAGUUCAUAGCUGGUUUACUACCUUGGUAUCAAGUUAUCAUACCAUAUGGAGCCAAGCAUGAGAAAGAUGUUAUUUUAAGAGUACUUUUGAGUUAUUUGUCACCAGAUGUGUUCAUACCACACUAUUACAAAAUUAAUGGCAAUGCAGCUGUAUUUUAUGUUGAUGAUGUGAAAAUAGCAGAGAAACUAUUCUACGCUGACAGAAAGAUUGUUAUGUCUGAUGGUUUCAAACUGGUCGUGAUUGUUCGCAACUCUGUGCCCAAUGUGGUAAUUGAUGAUAGUAUGAAGGAGAAAAUGAAGCUUGCUAUGGCUAAGAGAUAUAAUGCUGCUACGAAAGCAUUGGAUUUAACAAAGUUCCAUGCUGACCCAGAUUUAUGUGACAUUUUCUGUGCAUUAUUCCGUCCUAUGAUAAUGCUGGCUGCAAUAGAUAUAAUAGCAGAAAACAUUCCUGAUCUAGAAGCUUUGAAUCUGAAUGACAACAAGCUCCAUGGCAUUGAACAUUUGAAGAUUAUGUGCCCUAAGCUAAAAAACCUAAAAAUCUUAUACUUAGGUGACAAUAGGAUACCAUUCCUAGGAUCAAUGGAUCCGUUAAAGCCUCUCCCACUUGUGGAGCUGUACCUGAAAGGAAACCCCAUGGUGAAAAGGUUCAGUGACCAUGACAUUUACGUGAGUGACGUCCGGAAGAAGUUUCCUAAACUAGUGAGACUGGACGGCGUGGAUCUUCCUCCAGCGAUCGGCUUCGACGUGUCAGAUGAAGUCAGCUUGCCACCCAAUAAGCAGUGGUUCCUUAUAGACCAGGGCGGUCAGACAUUAGUCCGGGAUUUCCUCACACAAUACUUUGCGAUAUAUGACUCGGACUCUCGGCAGCCAUUGCUUGAGGCUUACGAUGAAACUGCCAUGCUUUCAAUGGCGUCGACUUACCUUACCGGCGAUAUGCGGAAUGCUCCUGAAAACAAACUUAACGCGUACAUAUCCAAAAGUCGCAACAUAAUGAGGAUAACAGAAAGGGAAUCCAGACGACGAUACUUGAAGAUCGGCAAACUGCAGGUUGUCUCUUUCUUGUCAGAUUUGCCGAAGACCAAACAUGACCUGCUGGGAUUUGCUGUUGACUUACCGGUGUUUACACCCGGUAUGAUUGUACUAACGAUGAAUGGAGUGUUUCGGGAGACCAACGUGACUGGCAACCCGACUAGAGCAUUCCAUCGCACGUUUGUCAUCGUGCCCAACAGCAAUGGUGGCUUUUCAAUCACCAACGACAUGCUGUUCGUUACCAACACAACCAGAGAACAGGAAAGCAAAGCAUUUUCUUCAGGCACUCCCGACCAGCCAAUAGUACCUCAGCCUGCGCAAGUAGUCCAAGCGCCAGUGGUCCCGACGCCCCAGCCAGCGCUACACGAUGAUAACCAACGCAUGAUGUUGAACAUGCUCGGGCAACAGACGGGUAUGAACGAGCACUGGAGCAUCAACUGCUUACAAGAAACCGGUUGGGACUACCAACGUGCUUUGUUCAUCUUCAACCAACUGCAAUCUGAAGGCAAGAUACCAGCGGAGGCGUUCGUGAAAUGAACCGGACACUAAUUGUUUCCUCCGGUGGCCAUGCCUUUUUAGGGUUCCCUGCCUGAAAAGGAAAAAAGUGGGACUCUUAUAUUGUAUAUAAACAGUUAGUUCUUUGUUACGUCUGACUUUAUGAAGAAUGGACGACGAAGAAGAAAUGAACGCUCGUUGAAAAAAAAGAAAAAAAUACGGCCAAAAAAAUUAAUGGCUGCGAAAAAAAAAACAAAAAAAAUACUUUUUGUUUGUGUUAAAAAUCGAAUUGAAAAUGUAUAAUGGAUAUGUUUUUUUUCAUACAUUUAUAUCUCAAAUAUUAUGUACUUAUAGGUUAGGAAUAGUUAUUUUCUUUCAAAUGUUACUUAUUCAACAUUUUGUACUGCCUUCUUAAAAAUAUUGUUAAUGUUUAACACAAGACCUACACACGCAAAAAGUUGUUGAUGCUGAGUGCUGGGUAUAUACAUUUAAAACGCCGUAUAUACGUUAAAACCAAUUAUCUAUUACCAAGAAUAAAUCACAACUUCGCGUUUUAAAGUAUAUUUCCAUUGAGUCGUAUGAAUUUCGUUUGAAGUUUUGUGUUGGACAUAAUCGGUGUUCAAAAAAGCUAUCCCAUAUAUUUUUCGUUCCUUGACUUGUAAAUAUUGCUAAGAAAUUAGUCCGUAAGCGUUAUGUUCAUCCGAAACAUCGUUAUCGAACGAAUAAGUUCUGUAACUAACAUUUCAAGAUGUGGAACUUUUAUGGCAUCUGAGCUAAAAAGUUCCAAAUAAAACGUAACAAAAUGCGGAAUUUUGUAGAACUUAUUUUCUUCUUCAUUUACAUACAUAUGCAAAAAUCCUAAUCCUGUAAUUGGUACCUACUUAAUACGUAUAUUAAGUAGGUACCAAUUUGUUAUAUAUAUUUUGUUUGUUUGUGUCCUCAAAGAACGUAUAAAAAAAGCAGCUAAACUUUAAAAAAAAAAAUUUAGUAAAUAGUAAUAACUACCAAAAAAUUCAAAUCUCUAUAAAAACUUAACUCAUUUUGAGAUGCAAAAAUUGACAGUUCAAAAUGAAGAGGUGUCAACAUUUACGUCACAAGAUGCCUCAGAGCGAAGUUCUGAUAUCAAAGCUGCACAGAAUCAGGAUUCUGGUGAAUAGGUUUGUUUAGAAAAUAAAGUAUAUGUUUGUCGACAUCACUUCAAUAUAUUUCCACUUGCUUUGAGUGCUGUCAAUUUAGUUUGUUUUCCAAAUUAUAAACCAAUUUAUACUGUUCUGUUGUACAGAAUUAUCUAAACUGAAUUGGCAGAUCUUAAAAGACUGCUAUCCUUUUCCACAAAGAACAUGGUAAAAAGGAUGACACUUCAAGACCUGUCAAUUUGGUUUGUUUAGAGAUUCGUCUAUGAUAUAAUCAAUGGCGUGCACUUCAUACAUGCACAAAAGCACUGCUUACCCUAAAAUUGAACUCAUACGGAAGAUGAUUUUGCUGAUAUGCAAUUUUCCUACUGUAUGCAUACCCUGGUAAGAAACCCACUGCACGCCACUGGAUUUAAUUGACACCACUAUUUAUGUUGGGUGUUUUUUCAAUCGUAAGAUAAAUUUUGGGAGUAAUAAAUGUGGCAUAUUUAGCUUACAAAACUGACAGGUUUGAAAUUAAAUUCUCAGUCAAAUAAUACUCUUCAUACAUCCGGGCUAGAUUUCAAGACAACGUGAUUGUUGAAAACGCGUUAUAAGUGGUAUACAAUCUCCAAAUGUAUUGUAACUGAGAAAUUAAUUGAACGUUUUGACAGUUGUUGCAUGGGAUUGCAUUUAAAUUAUUUGCUACCAGUUGGUCUGAUUGAAAAAUCGUCCACAAAUCACAUAUUAAUAGUUAAGCCGCAACGCAACGCAUUUCGAAGUGCUGUUUAUGUAUAUAAAAGACCACCCGUAUUUCUUUAGUGACUUUGAAUUUGGAAACAAGGCGUGCGUUGCGGCUACAAUUAUUUGUAGAUAUCAAUUUAAAAAAAAAAACAUAGUAAUGUUGUUACUUCAAUAAUAAUGAUAAACGUUGGUACUACACCUUAUAUAUAUUUCUUUUGUAUAUCUAUGGAACUAAAGUAAGAACAACGCGAUAAGAUAUUGAUUGUGAUGGAGAAAAAAGUAAUGAGAGAAUGAACGUUUUAUCAUUUUCUCUACCACACCAUUAAUUAUAUACUUUGUUUAUAUUUGUCCAGUUGUGUUGGUUUUACUUAAGUUCUACAACAAGUUUUCUAUUAUUAGAAAAAUUACAUACAAUAUUGUGCGAUACAGUUUGUUCUUUGAUCAGUCAGCAUGCCAGUUCACAUUGUUCCAGCACUGGACUGGAGUACAUUGUUCCAGUAAUUUAUAGUUUGUUACUGGACUGGAUUGCUCACUGGAUACAGUACACUACAGUACUGUAAUCCAGUAUUGGAGUGAAUAAAAAUGCUGUUCACAUCAAAGCAAGCAAUCCAGCGCUGGCAUUCAAUGAGAGAAAUAAGAAAUGUUAUUUCGUAUUUUGUUUUAAUAAUAAUGUAAAUAUUUUGUUUGAGUAAAUUAAAAAUUAGUUAUGUUAUAGAUUUUUUGUAACAGCGAUUUACUUUUAAGUACUUGAUUGUGAUUUUUACUAAAUUCGUUUUAUACUACUUCUGCGUAAAUUAUUGAAUUGUGUAACAUAGAUUUGACUUGACAAAAAUACAUCGUAUCUUUUUCUCAGUAGGUUAGGUUAAAAAUUUCGUUUCAGAAAUGAUUAGUUUAUGGUAUGAAAGAUUUACUACUUUAGGGUGUUUAUUUCAUUGUGGGAAUUUGGGGUGGCUCAUGUUGAUUUUUUUCGGGCUAAACUCCUCAUAAGCGGCCAGUUGUAUAGUGUCCGUUGACAAACGUUGUCACAUGGUAUGUGCAACGACAUGGUGUAUUCUUAUGGUGCGUGAGUGAGUGGAUUAACUCACCCCUUGGAAUAUUUACGGCGGAACCCCUUGGACACUCCUUGUGGGUUAGCCGUAUGGUGUUAUCUCCCAUGAUCCCAUGGUGUCACGGUGCGGUAUUUACUUGGCUGUGCGUUGAGGAUGCCCUUUCAUGCCAGUUUUGGGGUGAGCUUAGGGAAAACUUAGUCUAGAAUGAAUACGAUUUACGAGAAUAAAGGUUUAUUUU